ACGACAAGAUUUACAAUGGUCCUAUUCCACAGCUGUUCUGUAUCUCAAAACCCCCGGUUAAAACGAAGGUUCAGCAAGAAAACAACUUAUACCCUGCAUUUGCGUUUGGUUAUUGAAUGUGUUUAACGUUAGGUCGUCCUGAUGUGUUAGCGACGUUUUAGGCUGUUUCAACGUCACCUCGCAGGUUUCGCUGCUUUGAACUAUUGCGUCGAGGAAAACACGGAAAUAACAACACAAGCAAAGUGCUCCAACUUACAAAGGUUUUACCGCACUGUUUGGGAGCCGAGCUACUCCAGUUUUUGCUGAUAUUUAUAGCAAAGGGGUUGUGUAAUGUUGUUUUUCGGUGAAGAGUUUUGUUACGAGGGCUAGCUAAGCUUACUGUUGACUUUCGGGAACGUUGGGCGUUAAAGUAGCUUAAUAUCAGUCUGUCAGUGUUUUGAAAGUUAUGGAUGCUUGAGUCUUGAAGCUUCAGUCUUCCGGGUUGUCGGCAUAAUUUGCAUACCAGUUUUGCAUAGAAAGUUUUUUAUUUUUCCUAAGCUGUGGUAUAACUUAUCUCGUUCAGCUGUUUAGUUGUGACUUGUAUUGGGGAUGGCCACCCCGCCACAUACUUCACUUCCUCUGGUGAGAUCGAUUGAUCUCAUCAAAAGAGAGCCCCUGGACUACGGAGGAUUUGGAGAAGUUUACCUGUGCUACCAUGCAACCCUCGGGCAGGUGGUGUCGAAGAUUAUGUAUACAGGCUCUCUUCGAAACGAAGAGAUUAAAAGGUCACUGCUGGAGGAGGGGACCACCAUGGCAAGCCUGAACCAUGAGCGGGUGGUCAAGUUAUUGGGUGUGAUCAUGGAGGACAAAGACUGCUCGCUAGUAAUGGAACUCUGCCCUAGAGGCAACCUGUUGGUCAUGCUGGACACGGUCACUGUCCCAAUAUCAAUGAAGGGCAGAAUCAUCAUAGAGAUUUUGGAAGCGAUGAUGUAUCUCACAGAUCAAGGCGUCGUACACAAGGACAUAAAGCCAGAAAACAUUUUAGUGGACAAGGAUUUUCACAUCAAGAUUGCAGACUUUGGCUUGGCCACCUGCCAGGCAUGGAGCAAACUCACAAAGAAGGAGUCUCGCAGGAAAAAUGUUAUAGGGCAAUCAGCUGACGUGAGAGGGGCCGGCACACUGAGCUACAUGGCCCCUGAGCACCUGGAGAGUAUACAUACACCCUCCAGCGAGAAGUCUGACGUCUAUAGCUUUGCAAUUGUGGUUUGGGUCAUCCUCACAGGGAAAGAGCCAUAUGCAAAUGCCAGGAGUGAAGACCAGAUGAGCCAGUGUGUCCGAAACGGGGACCGACCAGCAGAGAACCUUAUUCCAGACGACACACCUGAAGAGAUGAUACAGCUUAUGAAGAGGUGCUGGAAUCACAAUCCUCUACAACGGCCAACAUUUAAAGAGUGCUAUACCUUCUUCCUUCCUUUCUACACGGAAAAGCUUGAACCACAUGUAGAGCGUGAUGUAGAUGAUCUGAGGAAAAUAUGUGAAGGUCCAGAAGAACUUAUCGAUGUGAUGACAUCUUUAUCAGUGACCCGUGAAAGUUUUUCAGCAGACUGCCCAGCUCCUUUGGUGAGUUCAGACAGAAGUGUACCAGUUGAAGCCACUGUUGAGGAACUGAGUGGCAUCCAAAACGAUCCACCUGUGGGGUCUAUUCAGACGGAUGCAAAGCCAGCUAGCAGCCCUUCAGUUUUGGAGAGAAAACUGGAACAGGAGCUUCAGUACCACAUAUGUGGUAGCUAUAACUGUGAGAACCAGCCUGAUGCUGCCAACUCCUACCAUAACAACAACGCAAAUCCUCUCCUGCAAAACCACGUCAGCAUUUCAGAUCACGCUGUAAGGCAACCAGAACAAGAGAUACCCUCUUGUCAGUCUUCUGUCCAUUCCUGGACAAAAGCUGAGCCGGUGCAGCCCAUCAGCCAGGAAGAGGCCUGGUGUCACCCUACUGCUGGUCUCUAUGACUCCAUGAAUUCUGCCACAGCUGUUCCAUUCCUCUUGCCAAUGUCUGCCAGCACGUCUUGUCUCAACUUUAACCAGCAACAUCCACAUUCCCACUAUAACCGCCAGCAGUCCUGGCCAGUUUACCCAGUGUCUGAUACAUCUACUCCUGACAUGAGCCCUGGCCGUCUCUUGAAUCCCACUAAGAGCAUCUUGCCACAAGAUCCAGGAUCUCUUUACAUUCAGAAUGCCAGCGGGAUCCAGAUUGGGAACAACAACACGAUGAGUAUUGGAGGUUACGACCGUAGUUUAUUAUCUCUAGAUGCUAACAACUCCGCUAACUCUUCCAUCAAAGAAGGCAUUCUGAAAUAUGAGGACCAUGCGGUUACCGAGGAGCACCUGGAUCUGCUGCGGGACAACAUUGGGAUGAAAUGGAAACGUUGUGCGCGGCAACUGGGCCUGACCACUGUGGAAAUAGAGACCAUUGAGCACGACUUUCAACGUGAAGGCCUGCCAGAGAUGGUGCACCAGAUGCUGGAGCGCUGGAAAAUGAAGGAAGGGAGUAUUGGCUGCACAAUCGGGAAGCUUUGUCGAGCACUAGAUGGCAAUAUAAAGGUAGAUGUCAUCCAGAAAAUACUGAAUACCUGUGGUUCUUCCUCCUAGAUCUGCUAAACUUUGGCAGAUUCCGAAGUUUCUCCCUAAAGGACUUUCUGCCUAUGAUGGCCCCAAUUUCUUUCAACCAAAACACUGCUUUGAUUUUAUCUGCAGUGGGGUUGAAUUUGAGUCGCUGUCAUCCCUGAAUACAGUACAAGUGAAUAGAAUGUUGAUUGUGUUGAAAUUGUGCUCGCUGUCAUCUGCUUUGAAAUUGUCUUUGGUAGCUUACUGAACACUCUGGUAAUCACUGGUUUUGACUAAACAAUCAUUUGGACUUAGCUAUUGUGACAGUUUAAAAGCUCUAAUUGCAUUUUCAAAUGACUGCAUGACUUUUUCUACCAAAGGUAUAUUUUAGCUGUUGAGAUGAACAUUGCCAGGUUUGGGUAUUUCUAAUCAUGGGAAUUCAGAAUCAUCAUUCAUUUUGUUUUGUUGUUAAGCAGUAAUGGCCUAAAAUAAUUGGAUUUUCUUAUUCAUGUGCCAGUUGAUGUGGCAUGUAGCAAGUCAAAGCAAGACUUCUUACGAUCUUGAAUGCACACAUUGUCAAUUAUUUUUCAGAAAUUGUUGUCUAUGUGAUGAAGAAGAAAAGCCAUUGAGUUUACACAUGCACAGCUUUAACAGAAUAAUGAAUCCAUAUUCAGGGACAACGAAAUGGUGUGUGGUAAACAUUUAUUCCAGGCCAACACAAACUCCAAAUACAGAACAGGCAAAGUCAAUGAGUCUGUUAGAAGCUCAAAACAUAAGACAGAGAAUACAGUAUUCUUGUUGUUACCAAUACAUGUGUUAUUGUUGUUUACAAGAGAUACAAAUUUAAUGAGUGAGUCAAACUCGGUCUUUUAACCUUUAGACCUGCUGUGGAAUAUGUGCUCUCAUUUCUCCAUAUACAACAGUAAAAGUAUGUAAGCGCAGUAAAAGUGCAUGAUUUACUAAUAAGCUUUAAGGUGAUGUACUGUGUCAAGCAUUUUGGAUUAGAAGUUGCUUUUCUCAUGACAAAAUCCACUGUAACUUUGUGUACUGGGUCUUUAAAGAUGCAACAUAGUCCACACUGAACAAUAGUAGACAGACGUGCAGGAUCACUAAACCCUGUUCUUCCACAAUUCCACCAAAUGUGGAUCUACUGGAAAGCUAUUUUGACAUUUUGAAUAAACUGUGUGUACGUAUGUCUCUAAAAUUCCAA